AACCUAGCUAACGCGAACACAGAACCUAACUACUUGUUCCGGCCUGCAAAUUGUUUGUCACGGUUUGUCGAAAGCGAGUUUCUUUUCCGCCGAGACCUAUCUUCUUGCUGCAUACUCUCCAAAUAUAGUAACAUUGGAAGCGUGCAGCCAUGAGCGGGGUGCUGACCUGCACAAUAGCGCCGACGUCGAUGCGUUCAGAAGUUGACAGCGCGUUCCCGUCCACCUCAUAUUGCUACGAUAUUGAUAAGACAUGGACGUCCAACAUUCAGGGCUUGCCGGAGCGGUGUCGCUCGAUGCCGCCGGCUGUGCGGCAUUGGGCACCUGAACACAAAUGGGUCAACUUUUGCGGGCACAAGCUCGCGUCGCCCCUGGGUGUUGCCGCGGGCCCACUACUAUCAUCUGAGUGGGUUGCGCUGGCCGCUGAUCGCGGCUACGACUGCCUGACCUACAAGACCAUUCGCUCACAUGCGCACGCCGGCCACGGCCUGCCCAAUGUCAUGUUCCUGUCGGUGGAGGAGGAGCAGCAACUAGAGGCCACCGGCCUCAGCUGCCAGCAGCCGCUCAACGCACGUGCGCCCUACCCGCCCGGCGUGCCGCUGGCUUCACCCGCCGCCGCCACUGCGGCAGCCGUCGCCACCGCCAAGGCCGCGGCCGCGACCGGCGCCUGCCUUUCCUCCAGCUCCCUCUCCCUCAGCACCUCCUGCUCAACACCCAUCAGCCCGCUGGCCAUCACCAACAGCUUCGGCAUGCCCAGCCAGGGUCCGGAGCAACUGGCGCGGGACAUCCCGGCGGCGGCGGCGGCGCUGCGGCCCGGACAGAUGAUGGUGGUGUCGGUGACAGGCACUCCUGGCCGGCCUGGGCUGACCUUUACUCAGGACCUGGUGGCGGCGGCGGCGGUGGCGGUGGACGCGGGGGCCACCUGCCUGGAGGUGAACUUAAGCUGCCCCAACGUGGGCCGCUCCCACGUGGCGCUGUACGCGGACGGCCCCGCGGUGGAGGCCACAGUGCGGGACCUCAGGCUGGCACUGCAGCAGAGGGCGGACGCCGCAGCCGCAGCCGCUACUGCGGACGGCGCGGCGGCUCAGCCGCGGUGUGGCGGCGUUGUGCCGCCCAUCGCGCUCAAGGUGGGCGCCUACCCGGACGCCGACAGCCUGAGGCGGGUGGCGCAGUGCGCGGCGGCGGCGGGCGCGGCGGCCCUGUCAGGCAUCAACGGUCUGAGCCGGCGCGUGGAGCUGCCGGCGGCUCUGGGCGGCGGGCCGGCUCUGGGUGCGGACCGCCCCACCAGUGGCGUGUGUGGCGACCCCAUCCGGGCGGCGGGGCUGGACUUCGUGGCGAGCGCGCGGCAGGUGAUCGCGGCGGGCUCUCUGCCGCUGCAGGUCAUUGGUGUGGGCGGCGUCACGCGGGCGGAGCACGCAAUGCAUUACCUGCAGGCGGGAGCUGACAUUGUGCAGACCGCCACCGGUUUCAUGUGGUGCCCCGAUCUGGGACUCGACUUCCAGCGCUUGUGGCGGCAGGCAGGCUACUGCGUGCCGGUGGUGGAUGGCCGCGGCGGCCGGCAGUAGCUGCGGCGGCUGUUUCGGCGGCUGUUUCGGCGGCUGUUGCGGUAGGGGGUUGAGGCGGCUGCUGCGUACGGUGUGUGGCGGCUGGCAGUGCUGGGUGCAUGUGCGAGCGGGCAGUGCAACAGCCUAUGUGUGUGAGAUGCAGGCGAGCGAGGGGUGAUGACGUGACAGGGGCGUGUGGCUGUAACGCUACGUCUGCGAAUCCUCGUGUGGAGCUUACGCCGCCUGUCGCUGUCCCAAAAGGCCGGAAGAAAUUGAAAGUACGGCGGCGGAUCGCAUAUUAAGACCUGGAGUUACGAGUUAUGAGCAAGCGGUUGCACCGCUCUUAUGGGCCUAUCAAGAGCGCAGCCUACCGUACACAGCAAUCGUGUCGGCGGUAUGGGCGUUGUGGCCAUUGUAUUAAGCGUGGCAAGUUGGGUUGUGGCGAUCGUAUUGGGAGUGGCAAGGGAUGUAAUGUCCAUGAGGU